UGCUUUUCUUACUAUAUCUCUACUUUCAUUAAAAGCAAAUGUAUACUAGUUUGGAUAAUAGGAAUGAGAUCUCAGAAAUCACAUCAGUAGCUUAGCUGUAAGUCCUUUGGCCUGUAGACUCCAGGUCUGCAACUAUUUAUAUAUAUAUAUAUAUAACUUCAUAAAAUUUAGGCAAUGAAGUAAAUUCAGAUCUUGGCUACUCGUAGAUGUAAUUAAAGUCCGAGUGGGUGUUAAUUUUGUUUGCCUUUAUGAUAAAGCAAAAGCCAGGAAUCACGUGUCUGCGGUUGUAACGGAAUUUUUUGAUAAAGAUACGUAUUUUGUAUCUUUAUCAGGAAAAAAGAUACGUAUAUGGAGACGCCGCUACUUUGUUUUCUUGCAUAUAAAAAUAUAGAUAUAGGAAGGUAAGUGUGGGUGUUUUGGAAGUGGAGAGAUUGAGAAUGGGUAGGUUUUGGUUUGGUGGGUUGUUGACGGUAGUGGGGUUAUGUUUAGUGAUUAGUAAGGUGGUGGAAGGGUACCCAUUGGAGGAUUUGGUGGUGAGCUUGCCUGGGCAGCCGAAGGUUGAGUUCAGGCAAUUUGCUGGGUAUGUUGAUGUGGAUGUCAAAGCUGGAAGGAGCUUGUUUUAUUACUUUACAGAGGCAGAAAACAAUUCUCACAACAAGCCUCUCACUCUUUGGCUCAAUGGAGGUCCUGGUUGCUCUUCAAUUGGUGGAGGUGCCUUCACAGAGUUGGGUCCAUUUUUCCCUACAGGUGAUGGCCGAGGACUUAGAAGGAAUUCUUUGUCCUGGAAUAGAGCAUCAAAUCUCCUCUUUGUUGAGUCACCUGCUGGAGUAGGAUGGUCCUACUCAAAUACAACUUCUGAUUAUAAUUCUGGGGAUGCCUCCACUGCUAGGGAUAUGUAUAUUUUCUUGUUGAAUUGGUACAAGAAGUUCCCUGAGUUCAGAUCCAGAGAACUGUUUCUUACAGGAGAAAGCUAUGCAGGGCAUUAUAUCCCACAAUUGGCUGAUGUUCUGCUGGACCAUAAUUUACAUUCAACAGGUUUCAAGUUCAACAUCAAAGGAGUUGCAAUUGGAAACCCACUUCUCAAACUUGAUCUAGAUGUUCCAGCAACAUAUGAAUUCUUCUGGUCACACGGAAUGAUUUCUGAUGAACUUGGCCUCAAAAUUAUGAAUGAAUGUGAUUUUGAUGAUUAUACUUUUUCAAGUCCCCACAAUGUAUCCCACUCAUGCAGCGACUUAAUCAAGGAGGCAAACCUUGUAGUUGGUGAUUAUGUCGACAAUUAUGAUGUGAUUCUGGAUGUGUGUUAUCCGUCUAUAGUAGAGCAAGAGCUACGAUUGCGGAAAAUGGCAACUAAGAUGAGCCUUGGAGUCGAUGUGUGUUUAAGCUUCGAAAGACGCUUCUAUUUCAAUCUUCCCGAGGUUCAGGAGGCUCUCCAUGCAAAUCGGACUAAAUUGCCUUACAGCUGGUCUAUGUGCAGUGGAGUUUUAAAUUACAGUGACACUGAUGGUAAUCUCAACAUGCUUCCUGUACUGAAACGAAUUAUCCAAAAUGGUAUCCCAGUUUGGGUGUUCAGUGGUGACCAAGAUUCAGUCGUACCUCUGCUGGGAUCACGGACACUGGUCCGUGAGCUAGCGCAUGAUCUGAAUUUGGAGAUUACACUUCCAUAUGGAGCAUGGUUUCACAAAGGACAGGUGGGAGGUUGGGCAACGGAGUAUGGGAAAUUAUUGACAUUUGCGACAGUAAGGGGUGCGGCACAUAUGGUGCGUUAUGCACAGCCAUCAAGAGCAUUGCGUUUGUUCAGCUCGUUUGUGCGUGGCCGGAGACUGCCCAACACGACACACCCCUCAAUCGAAGAUUAACUGCUAAAAGCCAAGCAUUUGUGUUAUAACAUUUAGACUAGUAAGAAGAGGAGAGUUUUCAGAAACAGUAGUUAAAAAUCACAACACAAAAUGGGAUGCUGCUUAUGUGUUCUCAUGCUUAAAUCUACCUGUUUGGUUGUUUUCUUAACAAAAAGAGCACUUAAAUGAAAUAAAGUUCUGAAUUUAUUCUUGAAAA